AUGGAGCCUUCUCCCCUUUCUUCGUUUCCCGGCUCCGGUGAAGCCCCUCAGUGGAGCCAGCUACUGCAGAAGAAGGCGCCACGAGAGACUGAUGAACCAGUUUCGGGUCGCUUGUUCGGCAACUGGAGAUCGAGCGAGGGUGUUUCCCUGGCAGUUCUCGAUGCCAGUGCCAUCGUCCAGGGGGACAAAAUGUCAAGCACCGCUGACCGGUUUGUGACCGUUCGUGAAGUGCUGGAGGAGGUGAGAGAUCCCACCUCCCGCCAGAGGCUCUCUUUUCUGCCAUUCACGAUUGAAACCAUGGAGCCCGCCCCCGAUGCCAUAAAGAAAGGUGAGCUUUUUCCGGAUAUAACUGACUAUAAUCUAAGGGGACCGCUUAAAUAUGAAUUAUGAACGCUUUCCUGUUGAUUGUCUUAUAGUCAAAGUUUUUUUUUUCUGACGUGUAUAUUAUCGUUGCAUCGUUCUAGUUCUUUCUGUAUUUACUAUCCGCUGCUAUAAUCAAAUUGGGCCAGUAAUGUGGUUCGAAAUGAGCAUUCUUUUUUGUUGUAUUACAGACGAACAUAAAUUUGCACACAUGACACAUUAUUGAUGCGCGUAGUUUUUUAGUCACAUGUGAAAUUGUGUGGACUAAUGGAAUUAUUUUCAUUUUCUUUUGGUUUGCAGUUGUCAAAUUUGCAAGAGAAACUGGGGACUUACAGACGCUAUCAGAUGUCGAUAUCAAACUCAUUGCUCUUACUUAUAUGUUAGAAGCACAGAUACAUGGCACAGGUCACCUUAAAAGCGUUCCCCCUCCCAUCCAAAUGGUAAAUCGGAAGUCUUUACCUGAAUCAGAGAUGUCUGGUUGGGGUUCAAAUGUGCCUAAUCUGGCAGAAUGGGAAGCUCUUGAACCGGCAGAAAGCGAGUCGAACAGUGGAUCUAGUAUUUUAUCACUGAAGGAUCUGAAUUUAAAUGUGAGUCCUGUGGAUGAAGAUGCCCGAAAAACGAGCUAUAUUUCGCAAUCCCUCUCAAUUCGAGUGUGGCUUGUGUUACCGGGGAUUUUGCAAUGCAAAAUGUUGUUCUAGAGAUGGGUCUGCGACUACUGGCACCAAGUGGAUUGCAGAUACGUCAAUUGCAUAGGUACGUUAUGUUUCAAUGUUGAAGGAGAUUCUUCUUGGCUUUGAGAUUGACCAAAUAUCGUGAUGCAACGUAGAUUUAUGUUCUAUCUUUUCAGUGGAAUUGUUUCAAGUGUAUUUAUAUAAGAGGUUCAAUGGUCAUUUGGUGGAUAGAUGUCCUAAAUAUUUUUUUUAUUCCAGGUGGGUAUUAAAAUGUCACGCCUGCAAUAAAGUGACGUCUGAAGUAGGGAGAUUGUUCUGUCCCAAAUGCGGUAACGGGGGCACCUUGCGCAAAGUAUCAGUUGCAAUGGGUGAAAAUGGAUUAGUUCUAGCAUCAGGUCGACCACACGUCAACCUUCGUGGCACCAAAGUACGUCAAGAAGUUAUUCUUAUUCAUUUAUUUUCACACUUUCUCUCGUUUCUUUCUCAUGCCGUUGAUAAUAUUUUCUACUGAUACGAUACUUUGUUGAAUGUAUUUUUGCAACCAUGGACCUACUCUCAGAAAAAUUAUAUAUGAGGACCAUUAUUUUGUCAAGUUACUUAUUUUCAUUCAAUUCUUAACAGCUAAACAUUUGUCUCCCCCUGGUGUCUUAUCCCUGUUUCAGACCUAUUUUUUCUCUUUGAAAAUUCAUUGACAACUGACGAGGACUGACCAGUCUUCCCAUUGAUCAUCUCAUUUUGUUUUCUUUUUUCUUGAUGUUUAAACCCCUUUAAAGCUCUCAGUUUACGUUUGACCAAAGCCUUCAAAGAGGAAUGAUAUGAUUCACAUUGAUUAAUUCUGGAAAAAUAGCUCGGAAGAUGUACUACUCUUAGAAAAAGAAAACUUUGACCUUCGAAAAAUGAUGAGCGGUUAUUUGGGUGGGGCAGAAGGUUCUGGGGGUUGGCUCGUUGUUGCAUGAGAAUAAAAAUGCACCGUGAUGUUCAUCCGAAGCAUAGAACAAAUUUCUUUACCUGGUUGAUCUCUUGUUUCAAGAAGCCUCCAACGUCUUACGUUUUUUUUCCAGCAUAAUCGCAUCACUUGCAUACUGCCCACCUUGCAGACGUUGAUGAUCUUCUUGGUCACCUUGCCGUCUGCCUGUCGUCUGCACAUCAUCAAAUUUAAAAUUAUGAUACGCUGAUGACGUGUUUCAUUGUCGUACAGUUUUCAAUCCCUCUGCCUCAAGGUGGAAGAGACGGCAUCUCUAAGAACCUCGUCCUGCGCGAGGAUCAGGUCCCGCGCAAGCUUCUCUACCCAAAAGGGAAGAAGAAAAGCAACAAACAGGGAAUUAUUCACCUCUCUUCGUCUUCCCUUUUUGCUAUCUUUUUUUUAUCCUUCUCCCAAUUCAGGUUACUUUUGUCUGAAGAUGCCUCGUUCACGCCGGACGUUUUGUGCAUUAUUUACUGUUGUCCCAUCUCUCUGACCUCCAUGUUGACUUUUUCUUUCAGGAUAAGGACGGCUUCGGUGCCGAGGACAUAUUCUCACAUGGAUCCGAGAGAAAAGCUCCGCUGAAGCCUCCGGUGGGGAAGGCCGUCUUGGUCUUCACGGGGAAAACAAAUCCGAACAAUAAUCACUUCUCCCGUCGGCAUUAG